UCUGUUCCGAUUACAGUACGCUCCUACGUGACCUCAUACGUUCGCUGUCAUUCCGCCGCAAUCCUUCGACAGCUGUUUGUGAAAUCAGCGUUCACUCUCGUGUAUGGCCUGCUAUUUAUACUUGGCCUCGUCGGAAAUGGCGGUGUGGUGUUUGCGAUGGCGAAUAAUCGUCGACUACGAUCGGCCAGGAAUAUCUUUCUGCUCAAUUUGAUCCUUACCGAUCUCUUGCUGGUUUUAACUGCCGUUCCAGUCACACCAUGGUACGCACUCACAAAAAACUGGCAGUUUGGUUCAGCAAUGUGCCAUAUCAUGCCCUUGUCAAAUUCCUGUUCAGUCUUUGUGACCAGUUGGAGUCUCACUGCCAUCUCUAUCGACAAAUACCUUCACAUUAUCGAUCCGACAAAGGCGCCGGUUACGAAACGUCAAGCUCUAAUUAUAACAUUAUUGAUUUGGCUUCUAAGCACCUUAAUCAAUGUACCGUAUCUGCUCAGUUAUGAACUGGUCGACGGAUCUUAUUACGUGCCUAAAGACAGUCCUCCCUAUUGUGGUAAAUUUUGUGACGAAACUAACUGGCAAAGCGAAAAUUCACGCCGUCUUUACGGCACGAUGGUGAUGCUGCUCCAGUUCGUCAUUCCUAUGUCUAUCAUCACUUACUGUUAUUUCCGAAUAUUACGGAAAGUAUCACAGGAUAUGAUCAUACAAAAUGUGCAAUUUUCGGCGUCACUUUCUCAGAAACAGCGAGUGGACGCUAUUAGUCGGAAAAAGAAGGUCAACUAUAUCCUGAUUGGCAUGGUGGCAACGUUCAUCUGUUGUUGGUUACCGCUAACAGCGGUCAAUUUAGUCAAGGAUUACAAAAUCGAGCCUGCGUUUCUGCGAGCACAGCCGUUCCUAUGGCCGCUAAUGGCACACGUUAUCGCAAUGUCGUUAGUGGUGUGGAAUCCAGUGCUGUUCUUCUGGCUGACGCGAAAGCAGAAACGCUCGGGUCUCAGCAAGAUCAUCAACUCCUCUGAGGUUAAAAGCUUUUCUUUUCAUCAUCCACUCAUUGUUAGGAAUCUACUGGGAAGGGAUAACGAAGACUUUGUCAUAUAG